AGCGGGCAGCUAAAGUUGCUGAGCAGCAGGAGAGAGAGCGAGCAGCACAGCAGCAGAAUUCCUCCCCCCGGGCAGGCACUCCUGUCGGGGCUCUUAUGGGGGUGGUGCCGCCACCAACACCAAUGGGAAUGCUCAAUCAGCAGUUGACACCCGUUGCAGGCAUGAUAAGUGGCUAUCCACCGGUGCUGCCACCUUUGCAGGGCCCAGUUGAUGGCAUUGUUAGCAUGGGCAGCAUGCAGCCACUUCACCCAGGGGUGCCCCCACCCCACCAACUUCCGCCAGGUAUGCCAGGCAUCCCAGGCAUCCCACCACCCGGUGUUAUAGGCCAAAACGUGUCCCCCAUGGUAGGCACUCCAGCACCCGGAGCAAGUCCUUUUGGACAGCCGAUAGGUAUCCUCGGCCCACCAGGACAGCAGGCCCCCCCUCCGUACCCCGGCCAGAGCCCAGCGAGUCAGCCCAUUAUGCAGCAGCCCACAACUCCCAUGUUCGUCUCCCCUCCACCAAAGACACAGAGGCUUCUUCACUCUGAAGCCUAUCUGAAAUACAUUGAGGGGCUUAGUGCUGAAUCAAAUAGUAUCAGCAAGUGGGACCAGACCCUUGCAGCACGAAGACGAGAUGUCCACUUAUCGAAAGAACAGGAGAGCCGACUCCCUUCACACUGGUUGAAAAGUAAAGGGGCUCAUACCACAAUGGCUGAUGCAUUGUGGCGUCUGCGAGACUUGAUGCUCCGAGACACCCUCAAUAUCCGUCAGGCAUACAACAUAGAAAAUGUUUAGUCGCUUAAUUGCUUCUUUCUUUGAUACCGGCAUAUAAGGAGUUUUGUGGAACAAUAGCUGUUUUAGUUACUGGGUGGGAAGAGGUAACCAACAAUAAUUUGUAUUGCAUUUUACUGUACAUUGCAAGACCAUUUUUAUAUAAGGACACUUUUAAUAAGCAUAUUUCACUUUUUGUUAUAUUAAGUUGACUUUAUCAAAUACACGGAUUUUUGCAUAUGUUUCCUUUGUUUGAAAGGCGAUUUCAUAAUUGGUUAAGUGUAGUCAAGGAUUCAUCUUUCUUAUACUUUAUUGCUGAGACUCUGAUGCCAUUGUUUUUAUAUAAAAGAAGAAAAA